AAAGCGAGGUUAAAGGUAAAACAUAGCAAAAAUGGCCGCGUUGGAGGAAAGACAACAAUAUGGAUUGUCUUCCCGCAAUGAAGGCGACAAAACAAUCAUUCAUUUGAAACUUACUGAUUCUGCUUUAAAAACACUUGAGGAGUAUGCAAGAAAUAAGGAUGUACAUCGUAAAGCAAAUAUCAAAUUUCAGAAUAACUCUGGGUCUAUCCAAAUUCCAUCGCUCAGAGGAGAAAAUAGAACAUUCCAGUUCUCAUUAUCAAGUAUACAGGGUGACCUGAAUGGCAGUUUUGAUUGUUUAGAGCAAUCUACUUCUAGAUUUGGAAGCCAUGUAACUUCAUUAGGCUGUAUGACUCAGAGGAUAGUAGUGCAAGCUUCUGAUGAUGUCUACAAAACAACCAAGGAACGUAUGACAUUGGCUGAAGAAGAGAGCAAAAAAGUUUGCACGAAGGAAAUCAAGCCAACUGGGUCGUUUAUGCGCCACAUAUACAAAAAGGUCCAUAAAAACUCUAAUGCUAUGUCUUUGAAUAAAACUCCAAGUGCAAUAAGCCAAUCAUGGUCUGGCCAUGGUUCCCAUCACUUAUCCCACCACUCUGGGGUAUCAGGCAACUCUGGUAGUCAUUCCAAUUCUGUUGGUAAUGGAUAUUCUAGCCAGAGUAGACUACCAUCUUUACACUCUUCAUCGUCACCGCAUACUGGAACUGGUUUUUCUCAUUCAGGGAGCAGCAUAAAAAGAAAUGCUCAUAAAUCAGCUAUAGUUGAUGAACCAUAUCGUGAUAGAAUUAUUCAUUUAUUGGCUCUACGACCUUAUAAUAAGGCUGAGUUGCUGCUACGGUUGAAAAAAGAUGGCAUACUUGAUAAGGAUAAAGAAUGUUUAGCAUCUAUAUUAGAUGAUGUUGCCUCACAAUAUAAAGAUAAUAAAUAUACUUUGGCCAAACACGUAUUGAGUGAAGUGCGGUUAGAAUGGCCCUAUUACUCAGACGGGGAGCGUCAGUUAGUUCGAAGGAGAAUAGCAACUGAUGGUCGGAGUGCUUCAAAUUCUCCCGAAGAGUCAUCACCUCAUCACAAUAACAGCCUGCCUACUAGCUGUAGUCCUUAUGGGGCAAACAAUUUACAAAAGCGAAUGCCUGACAGUUCAGCUGUCGAUGGUAAUUUUCAUCCUCCAAAGAAACUACGGGUUUCACCUCCCAUGUUGGGAGACAAACAAAUGAACGGGACUGUUAAGAAACCAUCCGCAAAAAUCGAAAACCACUCAGCUUCCAAUAACGUCGCAAACAACAUUUUAACUAAUGGCCUGAACAAAACAGCUGAUCAGAACCAGACUCAUCAAAAUUCUAGAAGCAACUACAGUGAUCAUCAAGCUGUUGUGUCCAGCAAAAAUGAAGAAAUACCUUCUCCUUCGUCUUCACCAGACAAUGAUACUUCUAACUAUCUAAAUAAAUAUUCUGUGAUAUGUCGUGAUAGUCAACGCCAGGAAUAUAAAAAUGACUUCAAUGUCGACUAUUUUGAAUACCAACAAUUAUAUAUCGCUAUUAACAAAGUCUCCCAGAAAUUUCUGGAUUGGAAUAGCCAAAUGAAGAAGGUCUCAAAGGGGUCUCCAGAUUACGAGAAACUGGAGAGGAAAAUAUUUAAAGAAUAUGAACUAACUAAAAACAACACAAAAUUUAUGGAAACUAAAAUUAGAUUUGAAUUCCUACACCGCAAAUUGAGACAUAUAAAAAAGUUGGUUUCAGAUUAUGACCAAAAGCAAAUGGCUAUGAUGAGAUCCUAACAUUGGCUCUUUGGCUUUCUUUUCUGACCCUUCUUUAUGCUAUGGCGAUUCUAGACCUUUUUCACUGUCAAAUGACCAGCUGAUUGUUGGACUUUGGAUUUACUAAGUCACUAAUUAAAAAAACUUCAGCCAAACACUUUUUGGCUAUAAAUUUGCAUAUAAAAAAUGGAAAAAAAAAUGAAAAAUAGAAAACAACAAAAAAUGGGGAUAAACCCUGUUCUUUCCUAUAUAAUGCUAAAAGUAAAAGGAAAAAAAGAAAAAGUAGUAAAAAAAAAAGCAUUAAGUAAUUUUAACUGUUCAAAUACAAAACAAAAACUAAAAACAACAGAAAGCAAGAGUGAAGGUGUGAUUGCAAAUUUCUCUCAAGAUCUUGCUCUGUCAAAAAUCUUAUUUGGGUUACCUAAUGGUGAGCAGAGUAGUUUUUGAAUGAUAGUUAAGCUAUCUUAUGUUUCAUACAUUUAAUGCAUACACUAAUCUAUAAAAGAAAAAAAAUAUCUUUUUACAGAAUUGUGUGUGUAUGUGUGUGAGUUGUGUGUAUGUAAAUGUAUGUUUAUUUCUCCGACUGGUUGUCAGUAUUUAACUUCCAACUCAUUCUGUGAUGGUUUUUUUUUUUUUUUGAUCCAUUCCUACACCUCUUCCAGUUCCAACUCCCCUCCUUUUUUUUUUCCUAGUCUCAAGAGAAAGCUAAUUUUUACAUACAUGCUCAAAAAAACGAAGAAAGAAUAAUAUUAAUUAAAAAGUGAGAGAGCGAAAGAUUGGCUUGAAGUGAAACCAAUUUCUUUUUACAUUUUCUUUUCAGAUUCUGUUUAUUAUAAACAAGUUUAAUUGGAACAUACAUUUCCUUCCUCACUCUCUCUCGCUCAUACACGCACACACACACACACAUGCACACAUUCUCUCUCCUGCUCAGUCUUACACAGACAUAAAUACAUGGUACAAACAAAGUGUGUUGGAAUAAUAAUAAUAAUAAUAAUAUAGAUCCUCCAAGGAUGUUUUUUGUCUUUCAAAAGAUUUCUCCCCAACAUGUGUACAAAUAAUAAGCUAACUCAUGCUCUUCCUUUCCUAAGUAUAAAACAAAAAAAAAAACAAUGAAAUUUAACAAAAAAAAUACUAAAAUAAUAUUGGUUUGAUUUCUUCCCAUGCCCUGCCUUUUCCCCCAAAACUUCCCACUUCCUUCUAGAACCUUGCUGAAAUAAUUUCUUGAAGUUAAAACAAAAAAAUACAAAAUUGCAGAAAUCAUUCUCUGGUUGUGUGUAAAUGCAGAUUCAGUUUAUUGUUGAGGUUUAAAAAGAAUGUUACUUUGCAUAACAACUAAUAAAUUAUUGAAAGGAAUAGCACGUACGCACACCACACACACACACACACACACCACACACACACACACACACACACACACACACACACACACACACACAUUCUAUAGCUCAUUGUGUGCUUGUUUGGCCCCUUCCCUCCUGUUCAAUGUUAGAUUGAUAAAAACCAAAUAUUGACCACACAAAAAUUAAAAAUAAUAAAAAACGACUACUAAAGAUUUUCAGAGAUUUCUGAAAGAAAAAAAAAGCAAAGAAAGAGUUCUGCAUUGAUCUGUUGUAUCAAUAUAUCUUCCAAGUUAGAUUCCUAUCCGUGCUCUUUUUUUUUUUAUUUCCUGUUGAGGUACGGGUUUGCUAGGAUCUGCUGAACAGACUGUGAUAUAGCAAAGCUUUUAGCUCACAUAUAGUGAUGUUGGAUAAGAUUGUCUCAACCAAUCAACUGAAUGUAAACUUGAAUGUAAAAAUGUGUAAAAAAAAUAAAAAAAGAAAAGGCCACUGGCUUUCUUUUCUCCCAUUCACCCCAUACACUAUUUAAAAGUUGGAAUCUAUAACCCUAAAACUAUUUUUGCUGGCACCUUCUACCCCCACCCGAACUUAAUCUUCUGCCUCCUUCCCAUCACACCUCACCUCCCGUCCACUUCUGUAAUUAGAUAACAAGUCCUGAAAAGCUAGCUAGGAAUGAAUCUCCCAAUAGAAUAUAUAUUAAAAUUUAAUUUUUAAUCUCAAAGUGUAAUUUUUUUUUUGUGAGUUUAUUUAAAUUAUAUAUACUCUUAUUUAUUUAAAUCACCUAAACUAUCUGUUUCUAUCUCUUAAAAAGCAACAAAUUUAAACAUUUUUUUUUUGUUACUGACAUGUAAAAAAAAACAAAAACACUGAUUCCUACCAAAUUUCUAAUGCUAAUUUCAGAUCUGAUAUCUAAAUUUUCCUAUCUCGUCCAGAUUUUGUGUAAAUGAAAACCCAUAUUUUUCAUUUUCUCUCACCCACUUCUAUUACAGAAGCUGUCUAAUCUACUUUACCAUGCUGCGUUUUAUGUCAAGCAUACUUAAAUGAUUAGUGAACAGGGAUGAAAGCUUUUCAUUGCCAUUGUACAGUAAUACAGCUUUAUGGUUAGCUGUGCUAGAGUCAGUAAACAGUCUCCAUUCUUUUGGAUCAUAGUGAAAGCCAAUCUUUUCCAUCAGGCCACUGAUAUCAUGACAGAAACAAACGUUUUCCUCCAGUAAACAAAAUAAUGAAAACUGCAAAUGACGAUAUUGGAAAUGGGGAACUUUGGUGUUUGAAGUCUGGAACCAGGCAACUCUUCCAUUUUUUUUUUGGUAACUCCAAAUUGCACACUAAUCAUUUAACACCCACUUGACCGCACAAAUGUGGGGUACUAGUUGCAUCUUUCCCUGUUUCUGCAUCAAUUGCAGAAUCUUCAGAUGAACUGCUGUCUGUUGUCAUUGCUGGUGGAGUUGUUUGAUCGUGUGGUACUUAUUGCUGACUCACAGUUUGGGCACACAAUUUUUUACUUUUCUUUGGGAAACCAGUAAUCUUUGUCAAAUAUAAAUAACUGAGAAUGGCAUAGCUUUUCUUUUACAAUUCAUCCCUCUCUUGCUCUCUCUUAACUUAGUCAAAAUAAUAUUUUGUAGGCAAGUUUAAUCUUUGUUUUGGCUUAGGUGUGUAUUAUUCUCGGAUAUAGCAGAAGUUGUCUGGGUGAUUUACACAAGCACAUCUAUUUGAAUGCAUUUUAAUUAUCCUACAAUAUCUUGGGAAAAAAUGUAGAAAGUAAUAAUUAUGAUGUACAAAGUAAAAAGAAAUACACAUCAUAGUACAAAACAAAUGCUAUAACAACACGUUACCACAGCCUGUUACUUCAUUACCAGCAGAGAGCUUCAACAAAAGCUUUACUUGACUGUAGUGACUAACCAUGGGCUGUUAUUACGCUCUUAACUCAGUGUUGCCAACUAGGGAUAAAUUUUAUUGAUCAAAAUAGUUAGAAUUUGUAUACAGUUGUCAAACAAAAUCAAGUUUCAUCUUAUGGGCAUUAAGCUGAUUAAAACCAAAAUCUAGAUGUUGUAGGAAAUUUUAGUGAGUAAUUUACAGUUUACACAAAAUCUAGACAUGAUAGAAAAAAAAUUUAAUUUUAGAUUUGAAAUCGGCAUAUUGAAAUUAGCUAAGAACACCCAUUUGGUCUUCUGUAACAGAAUCCUUGUUGCCUGCUGCCAUGAAAAUAUUAAGUGUUGGACAUGUUUAUGAACUGUUGGUUUAGAUGUGAGGUUACUGUCUACUCUCUUACUAUUUUCUUAUGGAGGAAGUUGAAUUUAAAUUGCUGAAAUUUAUCUAUAAAUUUAUCUGAAGGUUACAUUUUUUAUGCCCUUCCGCUUUUUUUCUAUUUGGUAGAGAAACCUUAAGUAAUUUUUUUUUCUUUUUAGGUUUCUAAUAUUCAGUGUUUGUUUACUUUUGACCUUGUUGCAAAUUUUAUUUCUCGAGCUUUACCAUUUCCCUCCUCCCAACUAGACCUUAUUUUUCAAUCUUCACUAUCAAUUUAUUCCAUUAGUUGCUGACACUGCCUUAAAUUUUCUGUCUGCCAUUUUACUUUGAUGUGUUGAAUUUGCUCUUGAGUAAUUUCAGUUCAACUUUCUAUUUAGUAGCUUACCCUUUUUAAUUUUGUUUUUCUGCUUUCUCUAUUUGACUUAUAUACAUUAUAUAUAUAUAUAUAUAUAUAUAGCUCUACUUUGUGAUGCUGCUAUUCAUUGAAUGACUACUUUAAAAAGACAAUCAAAAUAAUUCUGUCUUGGUUAUUCCAACUUUUAUUUCAAAAUAUACAGAACAGAACAAAAAGAAAAUACAUUUUAGCUAAAUAUCAAAGCAAGACUAGCAUUUAAUUUCAACCCCUCCACUCUUCCAGCUUAUUUAAUACAGUAAGAUAACUGCUUUAGCUUUCCCAUUUAGUAUUUCCAAAGAUUUUAUUAACUUCCAAAAAAAGGUUUGCUAUCAAAAUAUAAUUGAAAUUUGUAUCCAUUAUAGACAGUCCUAUAUAACUGGAUACCAGUUUCUGUCUACCUGGAUAGAUUUAUUCAGUAUUUACUGAAGAGAGCCACUGACAUUGUUUGGCUUGGACCCAAAUUUCCUAACUUGAAUAUGUCAUUAGUUGAAACAUUAAUUGUGUGGUAGCCUUAUAUCUUGCAUUAGUUAUGUGAUUAAGUACAGCCUUUAUUGAGAUUUUUUAAUAUCUAUGGAAAAAAAAGUUAGUAAUCAAAUACUUAACAAAUUAACCAUUCCAAAAUUAAAACCUGUAUCGAAGGUAAAUUGUAAAAGUUUCUGCUAAUCAAGACCCUUCUUGAAUGUUUCCUGAAUGUAGUUCCAAUGUCAGACAUUUUAAACACUGCCACAAAUUUAAUGGUUUGGCAAAAAUAGUCUUUUAAUUGUGUCAAAAUGGAGUAAUUAUUUUUCAUUUUGCUUUUGGUUUUUUUUUUUGUUUUUUUUUCCUUCUUUCACCCUUUCUGCUCCAGUAGACCACCAUGUGCAUCAAGGCUAAAUGUUCAUGUUACUGCAUACUGUUUCCUAGCUGCUGGUGUUAACACUGUUGAUUUGCAUUGUGCUGCUAAUUUGUGCUCUUAUUUUUCAUUUGCAUACUUUAAUAUUUAGUCUUUAAAAAGAGAAUUGGUCAUUGUGAACUUAUAACACUAUUCUUAGAUUGAUUCAAAAAAAUAAGUGAUUUAUUUAUUAUAUAUAUAGAUAGAUAGAUAGCUAUAGAUAUUUAUGAGAGAGAGAAAAGUGUGAAGAUAUUGUGUGGCAGGUGUUAAUUUUAGGUUGCUGAUAGUUCUGUUCAUAAUUUGUUGCUCCACCAAACUUAGACUUAUAUGUAGCAGAAUUAGCAUGGUUGUUUAGCUUAUUGGGUUUUUAAAAUUUUUUUUAUAUAUAUAUACUUAGUAAGGCUGUCUGGUACAUCAGUUGAGUCUAAAAUUACUUUAAACAUUUUCUUUUCCCUUUAUUUUUUUUUUCUUUUGGAUUUGUGCAGAUUAUAUUUAUUUCAUCUAUUUAUGUAACUAUUUUCUUGCAUCUUCCUCUAUAUUUAUUUAAUCUGGAUUAAAUUCAUAAUCUAAACUUUCCAAAGCCUGUUCUGCACUGGUUCCAUCUCGGUCUCUUAUUUAUUUAUUAUCAUCAUUAUUAUUAUUUUUAAAUGUUUCAAAAAGCUUUAUAUACCUUAACAGGUGUACUAAACACUAAAGAUAUGCAUAUUCUCUUGUAACUGUCAGUUCUUUUAUUAAUGUUUUCUUCCAAAUCUACGUCUUAAAUAGUUCAACAUAAUUGUAUGGGAUUUUAAUGGAUUGCAAUUGAAUCAAAGAUUCAACAGUAUUUGUGCUCUGUUAUGUUUAUAAUACAGAUAGCAAAAUAUUCACCUGAUAAGCUUUAAGAAAAUUACCAUGUAAUUCCAUCUGGUCGAGCUGUUCUGAAUUGAUUCAAACAACCAUGCUUUUCCAAGCUCUAUCUACCAAUGGCUUUAAAAACUAAGAUAUAAUAUGCUUAAUAAAUGGAAACGAGAUAGUGUCGAUAUCAGAUCAUUUUGUUAAAUGGGAACUAGCUAAUCUCCUUUUCACUCCUGUUUUGUUUCUGCUGACAUAUAAAUAUGUUUAAAUUUCCUGAAAGUAAAGAAUGUUAUAAUAUACACACACACAUAUUAUGGAAAUUUUGAUUUUUAAGUUCAUAGAUAUCAAUGAUUGUAUCAUUGAUAGUGUCAUGUCUGAGGAGUUGGAAUACUGCUGCUGCUUCUGCAGUGAUGUCUCUUUGAAAUAUCUGUAUGCAAUUUAGUGUUUCAUUUUUGCUAAAUGUCUGCACUUUCAUUUGUCAUCAGUGAUCUGCAACUUUGGAUUUUGUGACUGUAACAUAAUUGUACUGUCAUGAUAGCAUAGAAUCAUAUAUAUAUAUAUAUAUAUAUAUAUAUAUAUAUAACCAAAAUUUCCAUCUCUGUGGAACUUACAUUCCAUUCCAUCUCUUUUGAAUAUUAAAAUGUUUGGCUGGGGUUUAGGUAAUUUGAAGUUAAUUAUAUUCUGUUAUAAAUGUAUCUAGUACAUCUUUUCUCUUUCUGAAAAAGAAAAAGGACUGUAAAAAAAAUUACUGAUAGUUUAGGUUAAAGAACUGGAUCUGCCACUACUACAAAAAAAAAAUUAUAAAUCACCUGAGAACUUCUCCCAAAUUUAAUGAGCAAAACAAUGAGGUUGUUUUGAAUCUUUACCAAAAUUACACUGACAAGGCCUCGCCUAUUUACAUCUACUGCUCUUUGAUAGCCCUUAAUUUUUUUCCCCACCCUCUGUAUGUGUGAUAUUCUGUUGUCCUUAAAGGUCCAAGAUUUUGAGAUAUAAAGAAACCAAAAGAAUAAACUACUGUAAUGUCUUCUGCAUAAGACUGUUUUUAUUUUAGAUAUUCUGUUUGGUGAAAGAUUUAACAAAGCAAAAUAAAUAAACAAAUAAAACUCUUGCACUCUGAAAGCUGAAGAGUAUUGAGUACUAGAUUGUGAUGCAAAAUGAUGGUAACUGAACGACCAAGUGCCUCUGCUGUUAUGUCUGCUUUUUUUUCUUUUUUAUUCCCUCAAAUGAUAUCAAGAACCAUUCCUUUUGCAACAUGAAGAUUUAAGUUCCAUAAUAAUAAUUAAAAAAAAAAAAUUGACUUGCUCUUGUUUCAAAAUGUGCAGUCAUACCUUUUCUGUUACGACUUUUGGUUCAAAAAAAUUUUUUCUUUUUUUUUUAAUCCCUAUCCUUUUCACUUUACUGUAUGAUGAGCGAUCUAAUAGAGAAUUUAACUGCUUGCUCUUGUUUAUGCAAUUUGUUGGUGUCCAAUUAAGUUAGCAUAAUACUGAAAUUACAUCACCACACAUUGUUCUAAUUUGGUCUUUCAAAAACAACAUAGGGGACUAAACCAGUUUUUAAUUCAUUUCAAAAGAAAAAAAAAACUUCAGUUGCAUAAACUUUAUAUAUUUAUUUCUUGGAAUAGUGUUUUUUCCAAGAAUUUGUGUUCCUCCUAUACAAAUGCUCUUGAAACAUACUGACAAACUGUAUAAUGAACUUCCAUUUUAAUCUCUGUCCUUGGACAUGUCUGUGUUAUGUGAUAGAUUUUCAGCUAUUAUUAAAAAGAAAGAAAAAACGAAUAUUCACCUUCCAAACAAGCAAUGCAUUUUGAUAUACCUUUUACUCAAUAUACAGCUUUUCUUUUCCUUUCUUCUCCUCACAGGUCAUUUGAAUUCAAUACUUAGCAUUUUGUUUGUUGCACUAUUAGUGUCUUUCUUGUUGCUAAGCUGAUUUUCAGUUUUAAAAACCAAACAAAAACGGAAAAAAAAAAUUGAUACCAUUGCUGUGGAAUCAACUUCACUGACUAAGCUAAUCAGGGAAGUUAUUCUUAUCAAAGUGCUGUUUUAGCUGGUUCUUUUACUCUAUCUUCUCAGUCUAGCAUUGGUCAAUGUAAACUGCUUGUAUGUGGGAUGGGUGGGUGUUCAUUCAGGAGUAAAAACUUUUAUAAAGUUGUAAAAAAAAUCAAACUGGAAGUUCCUUUCCCAACCCCCAAUCUCCACCCAGUUAGUGUCCCUCUCAAUAAAAAAUAAAUUAUUUGUUCCAAAGUUCCUAUAUAUAUUAUCUAGCUGAUGUCUAAAAAUUAUUUUUACAUAAAGUUUUUUUUUUUCCUCUGAGUGAAAUAAAUAUAUAUAUAUAUAUAUAUAUAUAUAUAUUGCUUUGGUUGCUGACAUUGGACAAAUUAAGGGAAUGUUCCAAAUUCUGAAACCAGGCCACCUAAAUUAGAACUGUCAACAGAUGUUUUUACUUCUUCCUCACACCUUUUCUCUCACUGCAUAACACAUUUUGGAGUGUGUUUGCAUAUAAAUACAUGCAUAAAAUUUUAUGCAAGAGAAACUUUGAAAUGUGAAAAUAAAUAAAACAAAAUAAGAAUUCUAUCUAGAUUUAAUAUGAGGACUAAACCAGCACAAAUAUAUAUUGCUUAAACAAUGUAUUCUUAAAAUAUGAUUCACUUGUAUGCUGACUACUUGCUGUGAUGGUGUCUUGGGCCAAUUUGUUACAUCGGAAGCACUGUUAUUUAUAAUUAAAAACUUACAAGUAUGGGCCAAGAAAUCUGAGCUUCCCAUGCAUGUAUUAGUGCUUUUGACUUAACUGUUGGAUAAUGGUAUAAUUUCCUUUUUUUUUUUUUUUUUUUUUUUUUUUUAACAACACCACCAGUACCACUUUCUGUCGCAGCUGUUAAAUAAGACUGCUGGCAAGUAAUAAUAAAGUAGCUGCGAGAGACCUGAGAGCUAUCAAUAUUAAAAAAAAAGACAAACGAAAAUACUAAAAGGCUAGCUAGCUCAGUUCACGUUUGCUCAACUGCUAAGCUAAGUGUUGAUUGAGAGAUGUAGAUAUUAAAAGAAAAUAAUCAUUUUGACCAUUGAUCUCUACUCUGAGGUUGGUUAUCUUAGAAAGCCUCUAAGAGGCUGCAUUUUUAUUUUUUUUAAUUUGAAAAGAUUUCUCUCAUCAACACUUUGUGGCAAAUGAAAACUGAAACUUAAUGCAGUUAUGUAAAUAACUAUAAUAAAAAUUUUCACAUUAGCAUAGCAAAACUGAUAUACUCCACUGCUAACACACUUUCCAGUUUCUGUGUGGAACCUGGUAUUCUCAGAAGUUAUUUUGUAAUCUGUAAGAAAUACAGGUUAUUUAGUGUUAUUAUGUUAUGUGUAGUUUAAGGUGUUAAUGAGAAAACAUUAUGAGAUGUCUGUUUUUGUCCGUUUUAUUAGCAGUUUGGUAUUUCAGAUUCCAAUUGAUGGUGAGGGAAUGUAUUAAUUCUCUCCUUACUUCAAAGUUUGAUUUCCACCCCACUGAAAGGGGCAGAAAAAAAUCAUCUUUGUCCAGUAUGUUUCAUAAAUUCUCCUUGUUAAAAGCUAAAACAAAAGUAUUCUUAAGAGUUGCUGGACAGUUUCAUAUCAAAUUAAUACUCAUUAAAAGAUCGGUGAGGAAUAAUUUGGUAAAACUUCAGAACACACAAAACAAAUAAAAAAGCCACCUAUCACUCUCUUCCCGUACACCCACCCAUCCACUCUCCCCUUUCUUGCCGUUCCCCUUCUCUUAGACUUUAAAACAGUUCGUUGUUUGUAAGGAGAGAGUCUGCACGAGAAAGAAAAUAACUGCUGUUGAGUCAGGGGUGUAUGGUUACUUACGAAACAUUUCCUAUCAAUUAUUUUUAGUCUGACCAGAUGACUGGAUUUUCAUCAGUCUGACCUCAAAACAUUCCCCCCACUCUCAACUUAUAUUUUAGUGAAGACAAAGGAAAAAUAAAGAAAAAAAAACAAAAGGAAAAAAACUAAUAAAAUUGACUUUUGGGGUCCUUAAAUUCAUCCUAACCUAUCCUCUACUAUUUUUUCCGGAUACUAGACCCACAGUGUAUGUAGAAAACAUACAAACUUGUGAAUUGUCUUACCUAAAAUGAGUCGUGUAUAUUAUUAAUGACACGUACUAUUAAUGGACAAAUAAAUAUUUAAUUCAUGUGAAGCAAUCCCAA